AUGGUAAUCCAUUCCGUCGUUCCCUCUUCCGAUCGAUCGCUUUGCAGACGUGUCGCCUUCCGAGACUUCUCCUCAUUGCCGCCGUCUUCAUUAGCUUCGUUUCCUCGAAUGAAGUGAGAAUUCGAACAGUUUCCUGGAAAGAAAUCCGUUUUUUUCAGUUCGAGAUAAAGUUCGCCACAAGAGAUAAGUGCGAUGCGAGUCUUCCGGUGACAGAGCACAAAUCGGGCGGACAGUUCUGGGUGCAGAACGAAAAGUACCGAGUAAUGUACGCAAAGAUAUUUUGGGUCGGAUCAACGGGCAAAAUCAAUGGAAUUGCCGCUUGCAAAGUGCCGGCGUCGACGAGAUGUAGCAGUCACGGGGUGAGGGAAAGGGGAAGUUCUCGAGAGUGAUCGGCGUUGAUUGCAGAAGAAGGAGGGAGACGCGUACCUGUUCCUCGCCGUCACUCUUGUGAAAUCGUCGUUCGAGGAUCAGGACGUCCACUACAUGUACAACGACAAGACCUUCCAAUUGAGCAAGUUGGACAAGUUGGAUAACUUGAAAGUCGAGACCAUCCACAACCUCAAGAACUUCUUGUUUGUCGAAAGUGCCGUUUACAACAAAAAUCUGUGCGUUUGGUUUUCAGCCCCACAAUUAUUUAUUUUUUCUAUUUCAGACAGUUCAAAGGCGGAAAUUGUGAAGCGAAUCGUUCCAAGUCGGUCAUUUCCGGCCACGGAUACUUCAUUACCAAGAUGAACGGUGGCAAUGGAUGGUACAACAUGUACUAUGAACCAGUUUCUAUCGGACAAUACAUUUUCGUUCCCAAGUAA